GUUUUUCCAGGCUGUGGUCUCUGUACUGCACACUGAGUCAGACGCAGCCCUACACAGAUUUCUUUGAAUCGCUGGUUUCCUCCCAGAGACUCUUGACUCCCUGCCAACAAAGCAGGGCGUAACUCAUUUUUUUUUUCCCCCUCUCCCUCUCUUUUAAAGGCAGACUGAUUCAUAGUAACUCCUGUUAAAACAGAGUGGAAAGACACCACCCUCCCGCACCACUGGAGGAAACUUAAACCAGCAGCAGGUCACUCCCCUUCACUCCAGCUCCGCGCUCCAGGACAUUAGCGCUGCAGCCCAGCACGCUCCUGCUCCCACAGGUGCCGGCACCAGCCCCAGCCCGCACGAGCUCUCUGUAUUGGUGACACCACCUAGAAGGGACCCAAGAUGUUGGUGCUACUGGCUGGUAUCUUUGUGAUUCACAUUGCCACUGUCAUCAUGCUCUUCGUCUCCACCAUUUCCAAUGUUUGGAUGGUGAGUUCUAAUGGCACAUCAUGGGGACUCUGGCUACAGUGCAACCAGAACUGCUCACAGCUGACAGUCGAGACGGGUGAUGAGGGUUCCCUCCAAGCUGCACAAGCUUUUAUGAUCCUCUCAAUCAUUUUCUCCGUCAUCGCCCUUGUUAUGUUCAUUGUCCAGCUGUUCACCCUGGAGAAAGGCAAACGUUUCUACAUCACUGGUGCCAUCAUGCUGGUUUGCUGGUUGUGCAUUCUGAUUGGAGUCUCCAUUUACACAGCUCAGUUCACAAGCGAGAUGCCCGAGUUACCAAGUCCGCACCAUGGCUACUGCUUCAUAUUGGCCUGGAUCUGCUUUUGCUUCAGUUUUGUCAUUGGCAUACUCUACCUUGUUCUUAGGAAAAAAUAAGGCUGAUUCGAGUCUAGGGGAGAGGGUUGGCUACUGGGAAUGGGGAAGAAUUGCUCUGCUGAGAGAACUGUUGGGCUAAUAGAAAAAGAUGGAAACAGCCACCUCAUCACCACUGCCACCACCACAGAAAAAUCACUAACAAAGCUAUAAUCCUCAGAAACUCCUUCACCAAAGACAGGGAGAAACAGCUCCAUCUGAUCUAGCACUCCUGGGGCUGUUGCACUAGAAAUCUGCAGGUGACCCAGACAGCUGUUCUCCUUUUUGCGAAGUUAUGUCAUACCUGCACAAACCUUGAAGCUCAGCAGUGAUGAUUGAAGGGCACCACAAAAAGAAAACAAGGGCUACAUCUUUUUCCCUUCCUAGAGCCCUUCUUACUUACCUUUCGGUGUGCCUUGCGGGUUGGGCAAUGAGGCUUAUGACCCUUUUUUUCUCCAUUGAAAUAAAUGGGAUGGGCCUUUUGUUACAUUUAUAUACGUAUAUAUAUGCAUAUAUGUGAAAGUUAAAGAUAUUAAAUUGAGAAGCAACACAACAGAAAUCAGAUUAAAUUAAUAUUAAAAAUACCUACAGAAACAAGGUAGCAAUUUUUUUUGCUGCUCUGCUUACUAUUUGACAUUCCCAUGGUUGAAUCAGAUUCAGGUAGGAAGCGCAAAUAUAGAGGUGUGGAUGAUGGAGAGAGAGAGAGAGGAGGCUUUGGGGGUAAAAAUAAACAAGGGUUCCUAGUUACAGAGGAUGCAGUUGCUCAAUGAUGCACACGUGGGGAGGAAAUCAUUGUGUGUUCUGUUCAGCUCCAGAACAUGGUAGCAGCACUGUAACAUCACAGAUCUUUACUGAGACAAGUCCUUAUCUGUAGGCGGGGGUUUUUUUCUUCCCACAUUGUCACCCAGGACAUGGUAUUAAUUGAGACACUCACCUUGUGACACAGCUCAUCUCAAAGGCUGAUGAUACUGGUUAGCAGAGGAAACGUGUUCCCUAAUGAGAGAUUAGGAGAAAUGAGACAGGGCUCGUGAGUUCUGCUCAUUGCUGUACAACCUUUGGCCAGUCACUUAGCCUGGUGCUUAUGCAUCUGCCAAAUUUUUCCAUAAAACUAUACCUACCUCCCAGGGUUGCUGAGAGAUUUUGAGUCCACUCUGUAAUACAGGUCCCCAUGUGAAAGGCUGGCACAGGAAAGUAAAGGUAUUGGUACUGCUGCAACCCACAAAUUUCUGUCAGUUCAAAGAAUCUCAGACACAAGUGGCGUUUAUAAUGAACAACAGGUCAAAACUUCUUGUGACUCCAUCUACAACUAAAAAGCCAAAGAGUACAAAAAAACCAUGCAGGUGCAGAUUGUGCAUGGAUGCUAUUUACCUCUCUCACUCUCUCUCUCUCUCUUUUUCCCUCUGUUACAUUUUCUUCUUAUGUAGACUUUAUCAGUUCGGUGGAUAUAUUCUAGUACUGUAUGUUGCUGUUUCGUUAACAAAGGUUAUUUCAUAUAGUCAUUGUAAAUAUUUUGAAAUGCAUAUUUUUAACUUUAAGGGUAUAAAAAUAAAAUCUGGUUCCCUUUAUUAUAAA